GACUACUAGUCUAGUCUCAAGUUGAGAGGCAAUCUAUAGUACCACGAGGAGCAGCCGCAUCGCGGAUUCGCGGUCGUCGCCGCUUCCACUCCAAGUGCCAAUUCACAGAAGCUGGAAAGAUUUCUGGAUGGAUUCCACAAGGAAGAAGGGAGCGAGGCAGCGGCGUGGGGCCACGGCUGGAGGCGCUGCGCGUGGUGGCAGCAAGCAGCACUGCUCGGCCAGCGGGGCUUUCCCGCACAACGGUGCUGGCCCCUCGAGAUCCUCCGGCGGCCAAAUCGACGAGCCACCGCCCCAAAAUCGUCGCCAAUUCAAGGUCAAAAAUGUAGAGUACACCAUCGGAGAUGCAUUGUCGUUCACUGAGUUUAUAAUGGAUCUACGUCGCAUCCUCGCUGAGCACAACAAAGACCGCGAGGACAUCUUGGACAGAAUCGAAUUAGAAAAUCUCCAAUCCAGCCGACAACACCCAGUGCUCGCUAAGCUGCAUGGUGAACCGUGGUCGUGGCUUCACGUCAAGUUGCAAGUGAAAACGAGGUGGACUACAACCCUAAUCAUGCGGGUUGACAGCUUAUACGUAUGUGGCUUCAUGGACCAAAAUGGAAAAUUGUACAGGCUUAUCGACAGCAAAACUGCAAGCGAAGCCAUUAUCCCGCGACGACACCAUAAUGAUAUCGAAGACCUAGAUUGGACCGUCAGUUACAAAUCCAUGCUGGGAGCCACCGACGAUGAAAUUGUGCACAAACUGACCAACGCGGGUCUGGGUCGUGACUUCGCUAUGAAGGCCGUGCGCAGGCUGUCAGGCCCCAGGCACCCAAAUGAUGAGGUGACUGGUAUGACAAACGGCAAGCUGGCACUGGGGGGCCUGAUCGUCCUGGUCUGCGAGUCCGCAAGGUUGAAUCCUCUCCACGACUCCUUUGCACGUGGGUGGAGCACCGGCGACGGAUUCAGUGAGGAACUGAUGCGUAAAUACGUGUGGGGCUAUUAUGGGAAGACGUCAGGCAAGCUACGGAAGUGGAAGAGUGAAAACUAUGCCAACUUGAAUCCCAUUCCGCAGCUACAAGCCAUGCACCUCGUGCUCAACGCACCUCCAUUCCAGUCAUGCACCGGCCAUGGCCGACCCCUGGUGGAGCUGUUGGCCGUGCAUGCCAAUCUUAGUGUCGUUGACACGAAAAUCAUCGUCUUCGACGGGAAACGUGGCCAGAUCAUCUACAAGCACGCGAAGCAAGGAGAAGAGGGACGAAUGGUGGAUUUGGUGCUGACUGGACCCUACAGAGGCAUCUCAGCGUACGCGAGCUUCACCAUCAAAGUUGACAUCCCAAAAGCCAAUCCCGCCAGAUUCGAAUGGGAUUGCUAUGACCAAAGUAACGCCGACAAAGUGGAUGCCGUGAACCCCUCCUACGGCGAGAUCAAAGAUAAGGACGGCAAGCUACUAGCAGAGGUCACCUACGCGGUGAUGUCCGACGCCCUGGAGGCCACUGUGCAGCAGGUCAUGCUGAGGCUCAAGGAUGGGCACACUCUCAAUGACGUCCAUGGUGAAAUCAAAGCGCGCAUCGAUGGUUUCAAAGUCGGUAGCAUCCUAUUCAAACCGACACAAGGGGCAGGUCAGUGUUUCUCCCCCGCCGGCGACUCGUGGUUCCUUCUUCAGCUGGCGAGGAAUGUGGUUGCGGUGCCAUGUGGUAAGGUGCUCCACAUAGAGGUGGACCUGAAGACGGAAGCUUCCAACGACCAGGGGCCCAUGCCUUUGGAAGUUAAUCUCAAAUUUGACAAUGGAACUUUGAGUCAAAGUAGCCUAGACGACAACGGCAACGAAGUUAAAGUUGACAUCGCCUGGUACCCGGAGGUCAAAGAGAUGUCUAGGAAUGUAGCGACAUUCCCCAUCGAAGAUGUAGCGACAUUCGAGAGAUCCAUAACGACACUACGUCGCACUCUAGCCAACAACCCAGACAGCGGGGAUAUCUUGGAUAGCCUCCCCUCCACGCUGCAAGAACACCCACUGCUCGCCAGGAAUUGUCGUGCGAGGUGGCUUCGCAUCAAGCUUCAAGUGGCGGGUGAGGAAGGAAUGUCGUCGGCAACCCUAUUUGUUCAGGACAACAAUUUGUACUGCCUGGGCUUCAUGAACCAGAACGAAGUUUGUUACGAGCUUAGCAACCCAAGAGACUGGAAGCUCCCAUCACAAUACAACGCAGUACCUCUAGACUGGGGCCUCACGUACGAGAGCAUACUGAACGUCAGAGAUGAGGAAGUCGAGGGAAGACUGGAUUCAAUGAGGCUGGGCAAGACUUUCGCGGCCGACGCCGUGCGCGUGCUGUCGCGCUUCUCUCCAGAUGAGGCGGAUGGUGACGACGCCAGUGCCAGGCGGGCACUGGCAGGCCUGAUCGUCAUGGUAUGCGAGUCCGCAAGGAUGAAUCCUCUCCACAAGACGAUUGCAGAUGGCUGGAACACCGGCGCGCGAUUCACCAAGCAACUGAUGGCCUACAUAGAGCAUUGGGAGCUCAUAUCAAUAGCUCUGCUGGACUGGAAGGAUGAAAGGUACGGCAGAUGGACCAUGGACCCGAAACUAGCGGACAUCACCGGAGUCAAGGGCCCAACGGAUGCACUAGACGUCAUCCACCUCGUGCGCAACUUUACGGUCGAGGAGAGGGAACUACAGCUUAGCUACGGGAGCUAACCUGCAGGUUGGAACCGUGCAAAAUGUCGCCGCGCCACAUCAGUAUGUUUUUUUUCCCCUUUUCUUUGUAACAGAUCAUGUCAACGUGCAUUGGGUUGAUCAUUUUCGUGCCCGGCGAACUCUUGUGUGCCGUGUCGCCGUGCCUCCUUGAUUUUCGUUCUUUCUCAGCUUUCCUUGUUCCGUUUGUCAUUUAUAUAACUCCAGUGUUAUAGCUUGUUAGGGUGUAGAGGGCUCCCUUGUACCAUGUUCUCCCUCAUGUUUGUAACGUCAACUAUGUUAUGUUGGUUCCGUUCACUGGUGA